AUAGGCUGCUGUUGGAAUGUUGGAGGCAGGCCAGUCUAAGUAGGGGACUGACACUAUCGCGAAGCUCAGAUAAUGGACUUAAACGGGAACGCUGUCUACGAAUUGAACAAAAAGGAUGUUCUGGCUUUACGGAUCAAACAUGUUGGGUCUCCUACUGCCUUAUAUUUUCGCCAUGAUCCGCUAAUGAUAGUAAAGGGCGAAGGGCAGUACUUGAUUGACGAAAAGGGAAAUCGAUAUUUGGACUGCAUCAAUAAUGUUGCACACGUUGGUCAUUCACAUCCUAAAGUGACGGAAGCAUGCAAUGAACAGAUGUCGAAACUUUGUACCAAUUCCCGCUAUUUGCAUAACACUCAUGUAUCACUUGCAGAACGUCUCGCUAAUACUUUCCCGAAUCCCCUCGAUGUCUGCUUUUUUACGAAUUCAGGGUCAGAGGCCAAUGACCUAGCUCUCACACUCGCCGCCGCGUAUUCCGGUGGAACAGAUGUUAUAACAAUGGACAGCGCAUAUCACGGUCAUGUGAGGUCAUGUCUUGAAAUUAGCCCAUAUAAAUGGAGAAAACCUGAAGACCAGAAAGAUUACGUUCACGUGGUGUCAGCGCCUGAUGUUUACCGCGGUAAAUAUGCCGGAAGCGAAAAUCCUGGUUUGGAUUACGCCAAUGAACUUAACCAGAAAAUAGAGAUUAUGAAAGACAAAAAUAGAAAGCUCUCCGCAUUUAUAAUGGAAUCACUGCAGAGUUGCGGAGGACAAAUCAUUCCCCCUGAGGGAUACAUGCGCGAAGCUUUUCGGUAUGUGCGUGCUGCAGGAGGCCUAUGUAUCGCAGAUGAAGUGCAAGUAGGAUUUGGCCGAGUGGGAUCACAUUACUGGGCAUUUCAAUUGCAGGGCCCAGAUGUCAUUCCAGACAUCGUUACAGUUGGGAAACCGAUGGGAAAUGGUCAUCCUGUGUCAGCCGUUAUUACAACGAAAGAGAUUGCAGACAGUCUUACUAACAAAUUGCCUUCUUAUUUCAACACGUUCGGCGGAAACCCGGUGUCAUGUACAAUCGCCAACACGGUGAUGGAUAUCAUUGAAAAUGGAAAUUUAAUGGAAAACGCAUCUUCUGUUGGAAAAUAUCUUCUUGAGAAGUUCGAAUUGCUCAAAAAAAAACACAAAAUUAUCGGAGACGUGAGGGGUGUUGGACUUUUCAUUGGAGUUGAAUUGGUGCGUAAUGAAAAAACGAAAGAACCUGCAACAGAAGAAGCUGAAAUCAUGUAUAAUAGGAUGCGUGAUCGGUACAUAUUGGUGAGCCUGGACGGUCCAUUCAACAACGUCAUGAAGUUCAAGCCACCCAUGUGCUUCACUUACGAUAACGCAGAUCAACUUGCUGAGGUUUUGGACGAUACUCUGUCUCAAAUUUCCUGCUGAUCCGUGAUACACAGCUGAACACCAACGUGUUUUUCUCGUUAUAGAGAUUUAUACAUAUUAUGAGUCGAUCAAAAAUGAUCAUUAUAAUUCAUGCAUCGAGAGCUAUUCAUAUAUGUACUAUUAAUAUUUGAACGAUGCAAUGCAGUUUUCAAAUGAGCAAAAUUAUGUCGCACCUAAUACAGCAUGUUGAUGUAUAUCACUUUUUUAAGUAAAAUAACUCGCCCUUUGUGUACAAUUUGUAAACAUGCACUUUUUAAAUCAAAAUAUGAAAUAAUAUAAUUAUUACAGCCAUAAUAGCGUAAUAAUCUUACUUGUAAUACCAUUAUCCGUGUUAUUAAUUGUUGUUAUAAUAAUUGAUUUUUGUGUUAUAAUUUUAUGUUAAUUAGUUUCAUAAUUAACAGAAAACAUUUUGAGAUA